AUGUCUACUUUAGAAAACGUUAAGAAUAUUGUUAAUAGCGUUAACGUAGUUUGUGAUAUUUCUAGUAUAAGCCCUAAGGACAUAGUGAAGAAAGAAGAAAAGAAUAAAAAUAAGGAGAGUUACAUGCUUACAACGGAUACUAUAGAUAGUAAUUUUGACUAUAUAGAUAAUAAUGAAUGUUGUGAUACAACAAAUGUGGAAAGCACAAAUGAACAAAAAAAUGGUUCAUGUCAUAUGAUAGAUGAUCAAAAAAAAACUGAAGAAGGGUAUUUAUUAGAAUAUGACAAUAAAAUGAAGACAAAAUAUUAUAAUAGUUUAUGUAAUUAUUUUGAUAAUAAAAAAUAUAUUCUUAUAAAUGAUAAGGAAAAUAAAGAAACUUCAAAAAAAUCGGAUAAUGAUAAUCCCAUGUAUCAAAAUAAUAUAAAUAAGAAUAUUACUAGUGAUGGGAAUAUAUUAAAAGAUGAAUAUGAAGAUGUGGAUGAUAUAAGAACAAAACAUAAAGAGAAAAUGUUAUUAUGUAAUAAUGAAUUUUUACAUAAAUAUAAAAUAUAUGGAAAAUAUGGAAAUGUAUCAAAAAGAUAUAUAGAAGAAUCUUCUUUUAAUGAAUUGUUCAAAUAUGAUUUAAUUUGUGAUGUAUAUAAUAAAAAAUGUAGUUAUUAUAAAGAAAAAAAGAAAAAGAAUAAAUUAAAAUUUUCAAAGAAAAAUUUAACAGAUAGUGAAGUAGAAAAUUAUCACAUUGGACAAAACAUAAAAAAGAAUAAUGCAAAAUUUUAUUUAUUAUCAAAUGAUUUUGUAAAUUAUGAACAUAUAGAAGAAAAAAACAAAAAAAAAAACAAAAAUAUGAAUAUGAAUAUAUAUCAAUAUAGAAAUAUGGAAGAAAAAAAUGUAUUAAAAAAUAUAUAUAAUAAUAAUAUUAUUAAUAAUAAUGAUAAUAUAUUAAAUAAAACACGAAUGUGUUAUCGAAAUGUUCCUUCUUUUAAUUAUAUAAAUAAUAUUGAUUUGUUAAAUGAUUUUUCAUAUAACAUUUCAGAAAAUAAUUUUUAUAAGAAGAAUGAAAAAAAAAAAAAAUUGGAAAAUGUACAAGAUCUAGAUAAAUAUAAUAAUCACAUAGAUUCCAAAAUUGAUAAUGAAGACAAAUUAGAUGAUAAUAAUAAAGUUUUAAAAAAUGAACAAUAUAUAGAAAAUAACAAAGAUUUAGGGGAAAUAAAAAGAAAAUGUACGAAUUUAAAAAGGAACUUGAAUACAGAUUUAAUGAGUAGUAAUAAUUUAAAAAAGAAAAUGAAAAAGGAUAAUGGUUAUUCAUUUUUACAUUUAAAUAUAUAUAAAAAUAAUAAUACUUAUGAAUUUUGUAGAAAUAAUAGUUACAAUACAUAUAUACUAAAAACUGUAGGAAAUUCAUAUUUAAAACAUAAAAUAAAUGAAAAAAAAAAAAAAAUGAAAAGUACCAUAAUUAAUACAAUAAACGCAAAUAACACAAAUAAUACAGAGAAUAUUCCAAAUAAAAAACCAUGUGAUAAUAUGCACAUACAUAUGUAUGGUUCAAAAGAUAAAAUGUUUUAUCAUGAUCAGGAGGAGACGGUUCAUAAUAAUAAUAAUAUAGAAGAUGAGAGUAUUAAAGAGAACAAAAAUGAAUUGAUAGAAACAAAAAAUUAUAUAAACGAUAAAGAAUUAUCAAAAGGUACAAAAUUUGUAAUGCAUAAGGAAAAUGUAUGCACACAUAUAGGUAAUAAUAUUUCACAUGAUUAUAUAUUAAAUGAUCAUAUUUCAAGUGAUAAUAUAUCAAAAGAAUAUAUUCCGUAUGAAUGUUUUACAAAUAAUGAAGAUGUGAACUCAUCAAACUGUUUAAAUAAAUCUGAAAGUUUGAAUAGUCAGUCUUCCACAAAUAGUGCUCAUAUAAAUAAUAUGAACAGUUCAGGUGAAAAUGAAACAAAUUGCAUUUCCGUUUUUAACGACAAGACUGUCGAUUUAUUGCAUUUGAAUUUGCAUGAUGUAGUAAGGAUGUUAGAAAAUGAAAACAUUGAAACACUCUAUACACCUGAGGAGUUGAAGGAAAUAUUAAUACCCAUAAGUGGGGUAUAUUAUUCUUCUUCGGAUGAAAAGUGGAUAUAUCAAUAUAAUAAUGAUGAUGAUAAUAAUAAUAAUAAUAAUAAUAACAAUAUUGUUGAUAAUAACAACAAUAUUGAUGGUGAUAAUAAUAAUAAUAACAAUAUUGGUGAUAAUAACAACAAUAUUGAUGGUGAUAAUAAUAAUAAUAACAAUAUUGGUGAUAAUAAUAACAAUAUUGAUGGUGUAUGCAAAGAAUUAAAUAAAAUGACUUCUUCUGAACAAACAAAACACAAAUCAGAUAACGAAAAGAAUAUAUCUCUUAAUAAUAAAUAUUCUUUUCAUGAAGGAAGACAAUUAGCAUUAAUGUUGAAAUAUAAAUAUAUAAAAAGGAAUCAUACUAUUUUUAAAAAUCUUAAUGAUCAAGAAAUGUUCUUCUCAGAUAUCAAUGAUCAUACGAAUAAAGAAAUAUAUAAUGAUGGAAAUGAUCUAUAUGAUAAUACAGAUAAUGAGGAAGAACAUAUGAUGGGAAGCCAAUCGAACAAAUAUGAAUUAGAAAAUGAUGAGAUACAUAAAAUGACUUGUGAACAAAUAAAUAAUAUGAAUAAUGAAGAAAAUAUAAAAAGAAAUGAACAAAAGGAAAUGUUAAAAGAUGAAAAUGAUAAGCUAAAGGUAAAAGUAAAAGUAAAUGUAAAAGUAAAUGUAAUGAACAAAAUAAAUGACAAAGAAACGAAGAUAAUAAAUAAUAUUCACAAUAAUGAUAUAAACCUCGUACAAAAAAUUGAAUGUGAUGAAAAAAUACAUUUUUGUGAUAAGGAAAAAGAAGAAAAUAACUUAUCAAAUAAUAAAUUAAAAGAGUUACAUUUAAAUACCACAGGACAUAUAUUAAAAAAUGAAAUAAUAUCAUAUAAUACUCAUAUAAAUUCUUCACAAAAUAUUAAUGAUAUAAAGGAUUCUAUGAAAAAAAAUAUAAAUGCAACAAAUGAUACAUGUAAUUGUAAUAGUCUCAAUAAUACUAUAAAUAAUAAUAAAACAGAAAAUGUACACAAUUAUUAUGAAGAUAUAAAAAAUUUUAAUUCUAGUGAUAAUAUAUAUAAUGAAGACAAAAACGAACAUGUGGAUGGUAGUACACUUCUUAAUCAUAAUAAUUAUGAUAAACAGAAUAGACAUAUUCAUUUAAAAAACAAAAAGAAUUUAUAUAGAUUGUUAGGUAUAAAUUUUACAAAAGAUAUAAAAAAUAAAAUAAAAUGUUUAGAAAAAGAACAUAUAUAUUAUGAAAAGGAAAAAAAAAAAUGGAUUAUACAAAUUCUGGAACAAAAAAAUAAUACCAUAUUAUAUUUCAAAGAAUUUGAUUGUAAGGUAUUUGGAUUUUUAUAUGCAUGUUUUCUGAGUUUAGAAUAUAAACAAUUAUAUCUAGAUUAUUUUCUUAACGAAAAAAAACAAGAUUAUCUUUUAAAUCUAAUUCAAAAAUAUUUUAUCAAAAAAAGAAAACCUAAUCGUAUCAUACAUCAACUUGAUUUACCAAAAAAAAAAAUAGAGACUAAUAAAAAAGAUGAAGAGAAAAAAAAAAAAAAGAAAAAAAAAAAAAAAAAAAAAAUGGAAGUUAAUACAAGUGAGAUGUACUCAAAUGUAGGAAAAUAUCUAUAUGAAAAAGAUGAAAUUGUAAAUUAUCAAAACAAAAUGGAGAAUAUAAAAAAAAAUCAGUAUACACAUGAUGAUAUAGAAAAGGUUGAAAAUGUUUUAGAAUAUACAUAUUCGAAAAAUUAUUAUUCAAGUACAAAAGAUAAUAUAAAUAUAUAUAAAAAAAUAAAUCAAAAUUUUAUACAAAAUUGGAAUGAAGAUAAAACAAAUAAUGAGAAAAUUAUUUCCAUAUAUCAACAAAAUAAAUCACACGAUUAUAAUAUGCAUAUGUUAAAGAAUCAAACCUCUAAACAAUACGAAGACAUUUUUGGUAAAACCACAUAUGGAUCUUAUAAACAAAUUGAUAAGACGAUGAUUCCAAAAUUAUAUGAGUAUAAUAAUAUGAUUUCAAUUUGUAACAACGAAAAGGAUAUAAUAAAUAAGAAAUAUGAACAAAACUUAGUCAAAGGGUCCGAACAAAAUAUACUAAAUUAUAAUAUAAUAAGAGAUGAUGAAAAUCAAACAAUUGAUCAUGAAAUAGAUACAUCAGUAGAUUGUGAAUUUCAUGAUAAAAAUAAAAUAAAUAAUAAUGAACACGUUCACAAAGAUAUACAUAAUUUUUGUACACAUAAAAAUAUAUGCUUAGAUAUAAAUUCUAGUGAAAAUGUAACAUUACAUGAUACACAUAAAUACCAGAUGACGAAUGAAAAAGAUGAUAAUAAAAAUGAUAUUAAAGAAAGUGAUGAUAAUUUUAUUAAUUUACCAAAUUUCCCUCAGAAUGAAAAAGAAAUAACAGAUAAAACAUUAAAAAAAAAAAGAAAUAAUUAUUCAUAUAAGAAACCAAAAAAUGUAAAAGAUUCUUUAGCACAUUAUAAAAAUUCUAACCUUAGUAUAGAAUUAGAAGAAGAAGAACGAAAUAAUUUAUUAAAAUUAAAUAAUUACGUAAAUCUAUUAAAUGAAAAAACAGAUAUAACAUCAUUAGCUAAACAAACAAUAUUAUUACUUUUAAAAGAUAUUUUAAAUUCUAUUCCUCAUCAAAUGGCACCUUCUAUAACAUCUAGAAAAAUAUAUGAUCGGAAAAUACAUGCACAUGUACAUUUUGUUUAUCAGUGUACAAAUAUCAUAGAUUUAGUUCCUUACUUCUUUAUAUUUAAAAAUAUUAUUAAACAAAAAACACUCCCCAGCACUCAAUCUCUAUACAUUUGUAAUGUAUUAUUGUAUGCUUUGUUUGAAGCAUAA